AUGCAGAGCGCCCACGGUUACUGUCCCGGUCCAUUUUACCAGGAGAAUCUGUUCCCCUCUGAGGGAGGAUUCAUCGGCGGACGAUAUUGUUCUCCAUUCCCCGUCCCCGGCGCCAACGGCACGACGGUCAAUUGCUGCCUGCCAUGCCCUUUCGCCGACUUGCGAUAUGCCAAUGAUACGGCUAAGCGGGUCGAAAUUGGAAGUUGGAUCAGCGUGGCCAUGCUCCCUCUUUGCAUUUUUCUUCUCAUUUCCUACGCUGUCCUACCGGUCAAAUGGACAAACCGUCAUUACCUGAGUAUUUGUUUUACGUUGGGCAUCUGCUGCAUGGAGAUCGCCUUUAUCAUUCCUCUUGGUGCGAAACCCGAUCAGUGCUUCAACGCCAUCACCCCCAAUGACAUGUACUCGGACCUUUCCUGCGCCUUCUCGGGCUCUCUCCUCCUCUUUGGCGGAUGGCUCGUGGUCAUGUGGAGUUUCAUCCGCACCGUGGCCUUUCAUCUGCAAGUCUGCUGGGAACUCGUGCUGGGCCCCAAAUUCAUGUGGCUCGCCUUUCUGACCGGCUUUGGAAUUCCCGCCGUUGGACUGACUGUCAUGUUGAUCCUCACGGGAGUCUCGUUUCGUUUUGGCCGAAUGUGUCACAUCAACACCGAGCACGGCUCCCAAGACUACUGGUAUCCUCUCAUCGCUUUCACCGCCGCGGCCUUGGUGCUUCAGUUCUUCACCAUGCUCUACUGCAUCCACGUCUACGUGCGGUCGUUGUUCGACAAGUCCAGCUCGACGACCGACACCUCGACCGGCCUGCCCAGUUACACCUCGAGCGUACGUACCGCGACCGCCCGACAGGCCUAUCGUCGGGUGCAACGGGUGGUCCGACUCCAGUGGCGCGGCGCCGCGCUCGUGCUGAUCAUUUUGGCCAACGUCAUCUUCUUCGCCGUCGUCUUUAUCAAGAUGGAUGAGACCACCUCGACGACGCCGGCGAAUAUGGAAAAGGCCACCAAUUGGAUUGUCUGUCUCGCGCUCGGUGGGAGCCGGGAACAAUGUCAACAGCUGGCCACAGGGUUCGGCCCCGACGAGGGGACUCUCUUGGCCGUCGUUUACCUACUCUCACUGGUCGGCUUCUGGAACUUUAUCCUGUUCGCUCGACCGUCCAUCUUCGCGGGCUGGCUGGACUUUAUCCGCAAUGGCUUCUCUUCUUCCUCCCAUGAAUUCGUCUCCGCGGAUGCCUACCGCAACGCGGACCACAAGGGCUUUGAGAUGCUAACCACCUCGAGUGGGAAGGGCGCCGAGCCAUACUACAACAUGCGUUCUCCCAGUCCCGACCAGAUGAGAACCAUCGGUGGUUCGCCACCCCCCGUGGUGCGUUCCCCCAGUCCGACCUACAAUCUCAACGGGCGUGGCAGCCCGAUGGCCACGAGUCCGACUUCAGAACGUAGCGUGCACUUUCGACACCAAGAAGCACGGUAUACCCGUCCUUCAUUGAGCUUCAGUGGGCCCCGUCCACCUACCUCGCCCACGCCGGGAGGACGUGACUGGGAUCCUGCGGAGACCUUUGCCAGGGGGCAUGUAUGA